AUGAGAAAAGAGGAAACUAUAUCAAUAUGUUGUAAAUCGGCGAUGGAGUUAAAUAGCGAACUACAAUAUUCAGAAAAAAAUAUAAUUGAUCUCAAAAUUCUAACUUAUGAAAUAUUAGAUUCUAUAAUAGUACAAAUUGAAGUUCGAUUUAAAGAUUUCAUAAAUUUAAAAUUGUUCGAACUUACAAAUAAUAUGUCGUUUAAGGAUUACAAAAAUAAUUUCUCAAUGGAUAAACUAAUGGAACUGAAAAAUCAUUUUCCAGACAUAUUUAACUUAGAACGAUUACAAAAUGAAUUGGAAAUACUUUAUAACAGCCCUGAUAAAUAUUUAACACCAAAAGAUUUAUUCAAUUAUUUAUACAAAAACAAUUUACUAGAUGUAUAUCAAGAACUUUCAAAAUUGUCACAAUUAGUAUUAUGCAUCCCCGUAACAACUUCUUCCAGUGAGAGGAAUAUGAGUGCUUUGAAGCGUAUUAAAACGUUUUUAAGAAAUUCUAUGAACGAUGACCGACUGUCAAAUUUGUCAUCACUGACCUUUGAAAAACAAAUGUUGAACGAGUUAUCCACAGAUCCUACAUUUAUUGAUGAAGUUAUUGAUUUAUUUGCAAAAACAAAAAACAGAAAAAUAGAUUUAAUCUAUAAAAUAAUAUAA